GCGAGCGCGUAGUCCACCGCGCCGCGUUCACGUAGCACACGGUCUCUCUCCGCAUCUCCAGCAUCUCCACAACUCGCCGGGGCGUCUCACAUCUGUGCCGCCAAGUAGUAGAUUACUCCUCUCUCCGGACCGCGGCCCCUGCCGCAGACACCGCGUCUCCUUCGUCUUCGGCCGCGUCUUCACCGGGGCAGCAGACUCGUUUUCUCCCGGCGGGAGCGCGCAGAGUUCGCGAAACCGCGCCGAAGAUCACAACUCGUGCAAAACAACACGCCAAACACACAAAAACAUACAAAAUACGUGUGUGUCCGAGCGGAUUUAUCAUCGUCGAAGAGUCGAAAGUGAUCGUCACCGCCGAGCAUCUUUAUUUCUUCACGUCACGCCGGCCAGCAGCCAUCGAGUUCGGAUGCAUCACAGACCGACGAGCAUAAGCACUCAAGGAGUGUGGGCAUACAUGGCUGUCGCUUUGGUUCUUCAGAUGACUUCGGGCAGUCCGACACAACGGACGCAACCACUGCUCACGCACCAUCUCACCAAGCGGUCGUUCUUUGACAUCCAGUGCAAAGGCGUCUACGACAAGAGCAUAUUCGCGCGGUUGGACCGCAUCUGCGAGGACUGCUACAAUCUCUUCAGGGAGACGAAUCUACAUUCCUCAUGCAGGAAAAAUUGUUUCACGACAGAUUAUUUCAAGGGGUGUCUGGAAGCACUGCAGCUUACAGACGAAAUGGAGCAGGUGCAGACGUGGAUAAAGCAAUUGCACGGGGCUGAACCCGGUGUAUAGGAGGGAAUGUUUUUCGACCACCUACUUCACGGGUUGCCUCGAGGCUCUACUACUCACCGAGGAUAAGCGCAUUUUACUCAAACAGAUCGAAUAUAUUGGCCGGAAAUAAACACAAAAACUACAAGCAACACAAAUAAAAUCAACCAUCCACAGAGAAAAAAUAUGAACCGAAAACAAAAAUGGCAGCUUAAUUUUUAACUUAUUCUAACAAAAAUGAUAUCGAAUAUGAACAGAUGAACGAAUAUUGAUGAACAGCGUACGUACAUUGAGCCUAACUAUUGAAUAUGUCCUAUGAUUCUAGUCCUGAACAAAGUAAGCUCGCCUCUGUGCGAGACUUAUGGAGAUUUGAUUGUAUUAUAUAAUAUAUAUUUUAGAAUUAUUAAUUAUUACGUGUUUAUAUAAGUAGGAAUGAUGUACCCUUUUCGAUGAAAUAACCGCGCCCAAGACCAACAACACGCGCGCUGGCGGAGAAACGAAAUAAACUUAAUUGUUUUAAAACGCUGGAAACAAGUAUCCGAACACACAUUGAGCGUUGAAGCGAAAACAAAACGUGUACACACACGCACACAAAGAGACCGUAGUGAAACGUAGACUCGGAAUAAAAUCGUAACUUGUCUGUGCCUUAAAAUAUUGUAGCUAAAGAUAUAUUAUUAACGAACACACAAUGAAUGAACAUACAUCAUUGUCUAUUUUGUAACUUUUGCAUAGUUUUGUACAAGCAGAUUUUAGACAACCAAGUGUACACCCAAGAAGGAAAAAAUUAUCAUUAUUAACAAAUUUAUUAUCUUUUUCAACCGAUUUCGAUAGAAUCGCAUCGGUUCAUUGUUCUCUUCUCUUAUCUUUUAGUUAUGUACUAAAUAUUUAUUUAUUUAUUUAUAAAUAUCACGUGUCAGGUACGCAUCACUUCAAUUUCGCUCUAAAAUGGCGCCACGCAUUGUUGCCGCCUGGCUGGAUGAUGGCAACGAUGGCGUGAAGUCAUUUUGUACAACAUCUUAUAAAAAAUAUGUUAAAGAGCAACUUCAUCACGUGCAGUUAUUCUUGUAGCAACAUUCCAGUUGGCAUAACGUCACACAAACAGUAUUUUCUUUUGUAACCGAUGGAUUUGUAUUCGCGCCGAGCUCUGCUUCGCUGUUUUGCGGAGCAUGGCCGGUAGCGAAUUAAUUGUUAUAAGAGUUUAAUGUAAUAGACCAAUCUGAUUGUUUUAUUUUGUAACACGCAUUCUUUUGUUUCACAAACAUAUAGACACAUACACACAGAUCAAUUCAGAUUUAACAGACUUAAAUUGUAUGCACAAUAUUAUGAUUUACGUUGGCUAAACGCAUCAUCUGUUCAAAAACAGAAUAUAAUUAAAUGUAAUUUGUAUAUAGAUAGUAUUCUAAUGAAAUGUGUAUUUUUUUGAAAAAUUAUCAAUGUAUAAAUGGCAGCUA